AUGGGCUGUAUAAAUUCUAAGAAAGACAUCAACGAUGCACAUUCUAACAUUUUCCAUGUGAUCAACCUGGACGAUGAUGGCACGGAACGGUGGAGCGGCCAACUGGAGGUAUCGCGAACCGAGCUCACACUGUACCGGAAGGGUAAGGAACCGACGAUGUGGCCGCUCAAAUGUCUACGACGUUACGGCUUUAACGUGGACCAGUUUAGCUUCGAGGCGGGCCGACGGUGCGCCACUGGCGAAGGUAUCUACGCAUUUCGGUGCCGCCGAGCCGAAGCCCUCUUCUACACCGUGCAGGGGCGCAUCUACAGUGACGAAAACGUGAACCCCAACGAUCCUUAUCCGAUGCCGCUCGCUUCCAAUGGACCAUCGGUGGCGGCGCGCAGUGUCUCACAGAACAAUACCGCGACCCGGAACAGUGGCGGUCAGGGACAAUCAGCCGGAGGGCAACAGAUGCAGUGUACGUUCGUGAUGAAUCGCACCGGAAUGGCCACUAGCCAGUCCCUCAGUCCGAACGGUACGAUUCACUCGAACUCUAACCAAAGCCGCAGCACGGACACGCUGGCUAUGAUGGAAGGAAACUACCUAGAACCUACGCCGAACCGAACCGGGGCAACUGUCGGCUCGAUCCAACCACAAACGAUAACGACGCGGUUCCAGCAGGGCCUUCGGCUUAGCUCGGUCAGCAGUGGACCGAUCAGUCCUGACAUAACCUCGCCCGGGUCCCCGAACAGCAUGACCAACAUUUUGGAAGUGACCACGCUCAACCCUUUGCCUACGUCACACACGAGCGGUAGCGUGCAUCAGGGCGUCAGUAACCUGUACCAGGAGUUUCCGAUGAAAGACACAUCGGCCAUGGCCAUGCACCAUCAUCACGUACACCACGCCAACCAUCAGAUCGUCCUUCCCUUAGUGGCGACUGCAAUGGGUUUGCCGGGGUCUGGUGCGCUUCUGGUACGCAACUCGAUGGAUGUUCCACCGCAAGAACUAGCUCCGGUUGCGAUAGGGACGGGCAGCGUAGUGCUUAGCGAUCCGAAUGCUGCAGCAUCUGCAACGGCCGCUGCGGCAGACUGUGCUGAUCUUCCGCCUUCCACGCCGGAUGGGCUGGACUCAAGUCGGAUGUACAUGAAUGUAAAUAUAAGUGCGACCACCUGCUUGGACGGCGCUCCCUGUGGAAACGCGAAAAAACCGGCCACAUUCACCAGUAAAAGCAACUCUAGUCUGAUUUCAAUUUCGAACUUCAACAACAACAAUCACACUCACAGUACGGGUUCGUUCGAUGAGGGUCAGUACCAGAACGUGCGCACACCAACGUCGACCGGUCCUGCCGGAAUGGCCGGUGGCAUGGUAGUAGUGAGUGGCAACGGUGCCGGUAAUAUUUUCGCUCAGUUUCAUGCUCGGCACAACAGUAGCGCCCAACCAGUCGGCACAGGCUUUCCAUCCGAUCCAAAUCGAUUCUACGAAAACCUGGAACCCGCGGAGCUGAAGGCGUGCUUGCUGCGGGGACGCUGCUCGAAGCCCGACAUUUUCAGCAACGUCGAGCUGCCAGUGGCCGAUCAUUCGGAACCGGGUACACCGACGACUACCGUUAACCGGAAGGUCAACUAUAUCGUGCUCGAUCUGGAUCAGUCAACCUCGUCGCACAGUAUCAGCGACAGGGCACAGAUGUCCGGUGUCCUCUCACCGACCGGUUCCGUACCGGGUGUAUCUCUCAAUGGCAACGUCCCCAACGGAAAUGGUAUCCCUAAUAGCAACAAUAACAACAACAACAGCAACACAGCUAUUAACUUGAACAAUGUGACAACGGCCGGGGUUACGCUCCCGGCAGCAAUUAGUCCGGGAAACUGCGAACGACCCACCGGCUUGCUCGGAGGCGUUGCGGGUGCGUGCACAGGUGGAGGAACCGUGCUCUGUGGAACGGUGGGCACCGGUGUCGGGUUGCUGCCACCGGAAAGUCCCAAAAAGGCUUCGCUCGGGUAUGCGACGAUCGAUUUCAACAAAACGGUGGCCCUAAGCAAUUCAACCACGCCAUCUUCGGAGCUGGAUUGCGAGGGUUCACGCAAGACGCGCCAUAAUUCGACCGUCACGCCACUCGCUCGGCAAAGCAACUCCGUCAGUGACUGAGGCACCGAAGGCGAAGUAUGGUAAGAGUUCUGGGCUCUGGCUCUUUUGCCUUAUUCGCUUCAUAUUCAUACCGCCCUUUUUUCUAUUCUAUUAAAAACGCACAACUAUCGAACACUGCUAGUCCUGCAACCUUCUUGUUACGUGGAAGCGCACAGCCUUCGAGGCGCUACGAACAACAAUCCUGGAUCGUUUAUAAGAGGAUGCUUGUUCGCAGUAAAUAGGAAAUUAUAUAAUUUUAACAAAGCAUCGGUGACGCGCAGGCGAAAGCCUAUUUAUUUCUCAUGAUAUUUUUAUUUUUAUGGUACACAAUGUUGAAACAAACCUCUAGUGUGUCCUACAGUGGUGAAGUCGAGCUCUACAGAAACACUUUCGGGUGUGGUUUUUGGGUUAAGUAAAUGUUGAGCCCCCCGUGUGUGGUUGUCCGAACCACGAAAGCAAUGGGAUUUAUGAAUUCGACACAAACGUGUACAAAACAAAACGGGGCUUGCGCACUUUUUGUUCCCCUCGCAUGAAAUGGGCCAUGCUCUAAGUUUUCUAACGAAAUGCAGACGAACCAAAGCUAAACUGUAUCCAAAAGUCGAAGAAAAGCGAAAAUACCAAAGGAGAAAAUAAGAACAGAGCUGUAUGUACCACCAAAGUAACGUAAAUGUGUAAUAAAUAUGUUCAUUGUUAGUUCUAAGGAAGAGGUAUGUAGGCCAGUUGCAUGGCGCGGUAGAGAGAAUAUUAAAGCUAAGUACUAUUGAAGAAAGGGUUAAUGUGAACGAUAUUAUAUUUAAGUGAUCAUAGUUAAUUAUUUGGUUUGAACAAACGAUCGAUAUGGCGAAAGUAUGGCCCUUUGCGAGGGUGCAAAACGUUGAGUUGUAAAGAGAUUGUGAAGAGCUAGUUGAGUGAAGCAGAAGAAGGUUGUUUGAGGUGUACUAUAAGUAGAAAUAAUUCACAUGCUGCUACCAGCUGCUGCUGGUGGCAAGUGAGAAGCAAAAAGACCGAAAAUCACGAAAACCCCAUAAACUGUAGCGAAAAAAAAACCUGCUGUACUAAGCGUAGUGGCGAGGAGAUGUUACACAAAAAACCAGUUUACUAGCUAAAUGAGACCGAGGUAACUAAAGAGACACUACCAGUGAUUCGUUAAGUUUGUUCAUUUUAUACUUGAACUAAGCGAUUUACCACGAGGAGAGCAGUACGGAACUUAGGACGGGCUUAUUGGGCGCCCCGCGGCUGGGCUGUUGCUGUUACACAACACGGUAACUAUUGAUAGUUUUAUUUUGCUUAAAUUGUAGGCGUAGUGCGUAAGGAAAACGCUCCUUGCUGUAAUAUCCCCCAAAAAUGCGGUGAAAUUAGUUCCAAACUGUACAGGAUAUUGUGUCGAUGCUGAACAGCGGUGAACGUUGAAUUAAC